AAAACCAGGCAAGAACUGGGGAUGGCGGGUGAGUAAAACCAGCCCAGGGGCUGGGAAAUGCCCCCGUGUCCCCUCACUCCUGAGGCUCAGCAAUUCCCGGGUCCAGAACUGGGUGCUGAUCCCCACCCACACUGCGAUGGAGGGUGGGUGUGCAGCUCAGCACCGCUCCUCUCCAUGCAGCUUGUCCUGCCUUGAACCCGCUCCAGGAUUAAGGCCAAAGUCUGCAGAGGUCUGCAGAGAUAACAGGGGUGGAGAGGAUUGCUGGGCCUGUUGGGGACAGAAAGAUCCCGGGAUGGCUGGAAGGAUUGCCAGAGGGGAAGGAAAUCUCAGGAUUUUGGGGAUAAACCGCCCUGGGAGAUGGCUCUGAGGCUGAGCCCAGCAGCUCAUUGCUUUUACCCGGCGUGUUUUGCUCUUCACCCUGAAUUCAGUUGGAGCCUUUUCUGUUUGAUGGGAUUAAUGAGCAAAUCCCUCUCUUCUGUUCUGUUCCAACAUUCAGGCUUUGCAUAAUGGUCGGAAGCGCGGCCACUUUUCCCUUAGCUUGGAGGGAGUCCCUGCUUUGUGGACGCUGGACGGACGCGUUCCCGGGAAGCAGCCGCUGGGCAGGAGAGCCCUGAGCGCUGCCUUCAGCAACACGCUGCCUGCAGAGUGAUGCUCUUACCAUGAAAAGGUGCUGUGAGGGCGUGGGGCUGCCAUGCCUGUUUAAGGGUGUUGGCAUGGCCAGUCCCCGGCCUCCCAAAUACCUCCUCGUCUUCGAUUUCGACGAGACCAUCAUCAAUGAGAACAGCGAUGAGUCCAUCGUGCGGGCAGCGCCGGGGCAGGCGCUCCCGGAGCACAUCCGCCAGACCUUCCGCGAGGGCUUCUACAACGAGUACAUGCAGCGGGUCCUGGCGUACAUGGGGGACCAGGGCGUCAAGAUGGGCGACUUCAAGACUGUCUAUGAGAACAUCCCCCUGUCUCCCGGCAUGCCCGACCUCUUCCAAUUCCUCUCCAAGAACCACGAGCUCUUCGAGAUCAUCCUCAUCUCCGACGCCAACAUGUUCGGCAUCGAAUGCAACCUGAAGGCAGCCGGUUUCUACUCGCUCUUCCGUAAGAUCUUCAGCAACCCGUCCAGCUUUGACAAGAGGGGGUACUUCACCUUGGGGCCCUACCACAGCCACAAGUGCCUUGAUUGCCCGGCCAACAUGUGCAAACGCAAGAUCCUAACAGAGUACCUGGCAGAGAGAGCCCAGGAGGAGGUGGAGUUUGAGAGGGUCUUCUACGUAGGAGAUGGUGCCAAUGACUUCUGCCCUUCCGCCACUUUGACUUCAGCUGACGUGGCUUUCCCACGGAAGGGCUACCCCAUGCAUCGGAUGACCCAAGAGAUGGAGAAGAAGCAGCCUGGAGCCUUCCAGGCCACUGUCGUCCCCUGGGAAUCAGCCUCAGAGGUCGCCCGCUAUCUCCAGGAGCUCCUGAAGAAGAAGUGUUGAUGGCUCAGAAGAGACCUCUGUGCUAUAAGCAGCUGGGAGAGGAGAAGCCUGGGGGGGGGGGGGGGGUGUCACACCGUGGACCCCCCACUCAAUGGCACUGCUCUCUUGGCCCCCAUUCCUGAGCUGCUUUCCUGCCUUUCCUCUCCACACUCCUUCCUCCUCUGUGAUAAAGCACUUUUUCCAGGUCCCCCCUUCUCCUUCCCCUGCCACAUUGAGAUGAAGUCUUCUCUAUGCACUCGGACAUCUGCCUAUGGGUGUUUGCCAACACUAAUGGUGAUUUGGGGAGGGUGUGGGGUUGUUUUCUUCCCUUUCCCUUUUGACUUCACACGAGCAAUUCCCAAAAGCCCAGAUGCCUGCUCCCCUCGGCUGGGCCCUGCACAUGCUUCUUCCUGCCUUCAUCCUCCUCGCCAAGAGCUGCGUGCUGCUGCCCUCAUCCUGAUGCUCGAGGGCUCUUCGCCUCUUCGUGAGGCCGCUGGAAAGGGGAUCCAGGAAAUCCGUGCUGCCCGAGCUCCUCUCUGCAUCCCGCCUGGGCAGGCAGCUCCCGGCCCUGCUCCUGAGCCUUGCGAUGGAGCUCAUCGUCCCUUGAGACUGUAUUCCCUGAAAACCCCAUGACACGAGGAGCGGAAAGCCUUUGGAAAGGUGAUACCUUGGAAAAACACCUCCUCUAGCGCAUCCCCACCUGCUUGCCCAGGACAUGGGCACUGCAACUGCAUCCAAAGGAGGAGGACCUGCCUUUGCCUUCCACUGCCAUCCUCUGCUUCUGCUUCCAGGGCGGACAGAUUCCUCCUCAUCCCAAGCCAUUACCAGUCAUCUCUUUGUGUCUGCUGGAUCAUAUCAACUCCCCUCUUACCCUGGGGGAUGAAUUUCCCUCCUGACCUGGUUGAGAGGUGCUGAGCCUCCCCCGGGAGGUCUGGUGCUGUAGCACUUCUCCUGGCAUCAGGUCCCCAGAGGCCAAACCCCCCCCCCUUCCCAUGUCCCCUGCCCCGUUGCAGUAUUAAUUGCCCCUUCUAAUUGCACUCUGCAGAGGGGACCUACAGUAUUUGCUGCUCUCUGGUGUUGGCUUCUCUUGGAUUUAUCCACAGCCUUACCGGCCCCUGAGGGUGGCGUGUAACUCCUCCAAAGCAUAGGAACCCUGACAGCAAACCUGAGCAGUAAUAACCAAAGCAGCCCUGAGUUGUUCCUCCUCUUCCUUCAUUCCCCCAACCCUCCUUUGUUCUUCCUCCUCUGGACCCUGUUCAACUGUGUGGAACUUAAAGCCAUGGAAUUAAAAGAAAUACAUAUAUAUGUAUAUAGAUAGCUAUAUCUAUAUAUUGCAGAUACACAAGUUGUUUGUAGCCAGGACAUAAACCUGGGUGUGAAACAGCUC